GGUGUGUGGAUUCCAGAUGGAGAAAGUGUGAAGAUCCCAGUGGCCAUCAAAGUCUUGCGGGAAAACACUUCACCUAAAGCCAAUAAGGAGAUUUUGGAUGAGGCAUAUGUUAUGGCAGGUGUAGGCAGCCCUUAUGUCUCUCGGCUGCUGGGAAUCUGCCUCACCUCCACAGUGCAGCUUGUGACUCAGCUCAUGCCAUAUGGCUGCCUUCUAGACUAUGUGCGGGAGAAUAAGGACCGCAUUGGAUCUCAGGACCUCCUCAACUGGUGUGUGCAGAUAGCCAAGGGCAUGAGCUACCUGGAGGAUGUCCGUUUGGUUCAUCGGGAUUUGGCUGCCCGGAAUGUCCUGGUGAAGAGUCCAAAUCAUGUGAAGAUUACAGAUUUUGGGUUGGCCCGACUGCUGGACAUUGAUGAAACAGAAUAUCACGCCGAUGGAGGGAAGGUACCUAUCAAGUGGAUGGCCUUGGAAUCCAUCUUGCGCAGACGAUUUACUCACCAAAGUGAUGUGUGGAGCUAUGGUGUUACUGUUUGGGAGCUGAUGACUUUCGGUGCAAAGCCUUAUGAUGGUAUCCCAGCCCGAGAGAUUCCUGAUCUGCUGGAAAAAGGAGAGAGAUUGCCCCAGCCUCCUAUUUGCACCAUUGAUGUCUAUAUGAUUAUGGUUAAAUGCUGGAUGAUUGACUCAGAAUGCCGGCCCAAGUUCCGAGAAUUGGUUACUGAGUUCACACGCAUGGCCAGAGAUCCUCAGAGGUUUGUGGUUAUUCAGAACGAUGAAAAGAUGGGUCUUGCUAGCCCCAUAGACAGCACUUUCUAUCGCACUUUGCUGGAAGAGGAAGACAUGCAAGACUUGGUGGAUGCAGAAGAAUACCUUGUCCCCCAUCAAGGCUUUUUCAGUGGUGAAACAUCAGCUGACUAUCGAUCUAGAAUUGCUUCUGCAAGAAAUGCUAUAGAGACUCAAAUGGACGCAGAAGAGACUGAGGAAUCUCCUCAGUACCCAUAUUUGGGGCCAUCCCUUUCAGAAGAGUCUGAAAGUAUCACCUCUGAUUUGCGUGAGGAGGAUUAUACAGCAAACAAAGCAGUGCAGAGUCCAGCACCGUUGCAGGCACCUGAUUCUCUUCAACGCUACAGUGAAGAUCCCACAAGUGCUUCAAUUAAUGAAAAGGAGAAUCCAGAUACCAAGAGCUACACUACACCAUUACCCUUGGCUGUCAUACCAGGAACAAGCAGUUGCCCUCUGCAGCUGCAGCAUGAUCCCAGGAAAGUACAUUUAGUUUCAGCAGUCACAGAUAGAAGCAUCCAAGAGUAUGUAAAUCAACCAGAAAACAGCCUUCUACCCAACAAAAACCUACGACUACCGGGUUCUACACUGGAAAAGCAAAAAAGGCACAUGGGCAAGAAUGGGCUUACCAAGGAACCAAAGAAUGCAUUCUACAUCAGCUUCACCAAUGCAGUGGAAAAUCCAGAGUACCUGACACCAUGCAGUGUCCCUGUGUCCAGCCCUUUACCACAAGCCUUUGACAACCUUUAUUAUUGGAACCAAGAGAAUCCUAAAUGCAAUCCAGCAGAAUUCUUUGCCACCUCACUUGUUCCUCCUGCUGCUACCAAUGGCUUUCCUCCAACUCCAACAGCAGAGAACCUGGAGUACCUAGGGCUGUCAGAAUCAGUCACUUGUUCCAAGGACUUUGCAUAAAGACUUCCUCAUCACCAGUCAAAUUGACUUUUACACUUAAGACAACUCAGGAUACAAACCAAUGAACUAUCCAUGCACAUUGAACAUGAUUAAGGCCUUAAUGGUCCCUUUGAGGCCCAAUGGAGUUGUUUCUCUCUCACCUCCUAGCUCUUGAGGAAAGGAGAUGGUGGGCAGAUUUGGAUCUGUUGCAAUAGAGCAGCAUGACUUUUCUACUGCCUCUUAUUUAAUACUAGCAGUAACAAGAUUUUCCCUCUGCCACUAUCCUAAGUUGUGCUGUUAAAAGUUUUGGGGUCCAAGUAUGGAUUUCUGUUUGGAAGGAUUGCAAGCUGUGUUCAGUACUGGUACUCAAACAUAUUACUUGGCUCAGAAUUAUGCAACAUUAAGUAUAUGUCUGUCACCCCAAGCAUCAGAUGAUGGACUUCGGUUUUAAAUUUAAAAAAAGGUUAAAAAUCCUGCAAACUUGAAGUCUGCCCAUUUCUGGGCUCUAAGACACUACAUCUGUGACAUUCCUCUGAUUCAAGCAGCCCAGUCAUUUGGGUACUUCCAGAAUGGAGUGCUCUUUUACUUCUCACCACAUCUCUUAUCUCUGUCUUUUAAUUCCUUGGGCUUCAAAAUAAGAGGGUCAGACCAGUAGAAGGGACUGAAAAAGUAAAAGUUGGAAUUAUAGUACAUUAAGAAAAGUGAGAACAUUCUUACUGGAGUUCGGACUGACAGGAAAGGUGGAAAAGAGAUUGUGUUAAAAUAAGGGCAAAAUGUGAUAUUUUUUGGAAACUGGCGUUAUUGCUUAAACAGAAUAUUUUUCAACCUUAGGAUGGGAAUAGUAUGCCCUUAUAGCAGAGUAGAACAAAAUAAUUUAUAAUGUUUCAACAAAGUAUCUUAGAAAAACAAACAGUUUUGCUUUGUGACAAACUAGUUCUGCUGUGGUCUUUGAAAUCGCAAGAAAUUUCUAGAAGAGGCAGUUGAGGAACCAAAACAAAUUUAUUCAUAGUGUUUUAGUGAUUAUACAUCCUAGUUCAAAGAGAGAAUAAGUUUGGACUUGAAAGUAGUUGGUUUAUAUAUAUAUAUAUAUAUAAAACACUAAAUAUAUAUAAAUAAAAUAUCUUGGAAGUGCCACUUCUUAGCUUCCACCAAUAAAUAGAGUACAGACAAAAAGCAGCUAACAUACUGUUUCAGCUAGAGAGAAUAGAAGAAGCUAAGUUUCUUCAUAGAAGUAAUAUGCCUUCUUUAACAGUGUUUUUGGAAUAUUUAUUGUUUAAGAAACUGAAAGCUCAUGUAUGCCUCCAAUGUAUGAGAGGGCAGCAAAUCAUAGACUGAUAGUGGGUGCUGAACGUAGCUUUCUAAGAACCUUGCCUUUAAGAAAGGAUCCAGCAUUGAUGCAGGCAAAAUGUAUGCUUGAAGAGCAUGGGCAUGCCUUCUGAAAUCUCAGGAGCCAGAGAGGUAGCUGAAUAUGAUUGUCAGAAAUUGUGGGUGAAGUUUUGGUAUUUUUCAUAUUCAUAGCCUCUUAUUCUUUCUCACGCAAUCAAGGCUGCAACAAAAUAGAGUAUAAAAUUACUCAGUGUAAUUUAUGAAGUGACAUAAAGGAACUUUUCAUUAAGCACAGGUUAAAGGUGCUUAAUUUUUUUUUCACUUAAAAAAUUAAUCAGUACAUUUAUGCCAGCGGUGGUCCUCUUGAAGCUGGUUACCUUUCAAAUUGUACUUGCUCCGUUCUAAUUGAAGUGUUUCCCCACUGAAUUAACUUUAACUGUUAGUGUUAUGUCUAAAAUGCUGUAUAUAAAAAUCGUUGGUAUGUCUCUGCUGAAACUCUCAAAAUCCCUAGGCCGUAUUUCUGUGGUGUGCUGGAAUGGAAGAGUAACAUGUCUGAAAAGCACUAGAUUAGAGAAGGUUGCUGUAAGACAGUAUCUCCCAUUCCAUUUGUCAUGAUUGUAGGUCUAUUUUUUUUCUAAAAUCAUUCUGAGUAAGUACUGUGACUAUAACUAAUCCCAUUUCUUCCUCACUGAAUCACAUUUGAAAGGAAACUGGGGUAAUGAAAUGGAGAUGCUAACGUUAGUGCACUGCUUUCUAAUUGCUUUAUAGGAAAUAGAACAAGCGAGAUUAAGAGUUUACCAGGUCUUCCCAACACUGACAAAAUGUAACCACUUCCAACAUGUACAUACAGAGGACAAGUCUGAGGAUCUGGAGAAAUGCCUUUUUGUUUGAUUAUCCAAAAUAGCUGUGUAUGUCAGGAAUUCUGAAAGUUGCAGAUGGCGCUAGGUUGGAGAAGUAUGGCUUGUUCCCUGUAUAUACAAAAUGUCUUGGAACUGUAAAUACUGUUUACAAAAUGUAUGGAAAGCAACAACAAAAAAUCAGUACAAUAGAAUUUGUAUGUAGUUGUUGUAAGGAAUGAUCAGUUUACUGUUUCUGAAGUUCACUCCAUUUGCAUACUAUCCUGUUUUCCAUUGAAACCUGUGUUUUCCAGCUGGUGCUACUUUAGAUUAGUGAAAGGUAUCAGCUGUCAGUGACUUUUAUAAAAAAAAAAUGUGUUAUAAGUAUUUGUAUAUCUGAGAAAUGUAUAAUAUAGAUUUCAUUUUCUAUACUA